AUGCAUCCCGCCUAUACACUUUACAUCGGCCUUGGGGCCCAAGUGACGGAGUGGAAGAAUGAUGUCUACGACACAAUCAACAGAGCUCUUACGGAACCAACUGAUCUUCAGAUUCAAGUAGAUGAGAAGAAACCUCUCAUCAUUGAGAAACGAGUGGAGGAAGGGCGGGGAUUGGAAAAGCAAUGGACGGAGAAGAAAUAG